AUGAAUAAACUCGGGGAAAGCAGACGUUUUUGGAGGAAGAGGAGCUGUGGAGAAACGUGGGAUGACGUAAGACCUGGAGAUCGAUAAGAAGCAGUGGAGAGCCGGGCCUCGGGCGGAGCCGCGGAUCGAUCCACGCCUUCAUCACUCGAACGGGGUGCGCCAAGCCAGACCCCGACCAACAGGCAAGCUCUUUUUGACAUACUUUUUAUCAAGCUUAUAUCUAAUCUUUCGUUUUUCAAUUGUUUUUGAAUGUAACUCGACACGAAAUGAGAAUCUUUUGUUCGUUCGUUCUCAAAACAUAACCGCUCCUAACCAGAAAAUAAAUCGGAAGAAAAAUAAGUCUUUCUGAAUGUCAAUGAUCAAACUUAUUGUCGUAAAAUAAUUUUAUACUAACUAUCAUUAGUUUAUUAACUUCUUACUCGUGUUUUAGUAGGAGGAUCCAAACAUUAAGCAGAAGCCUAUCCUCCUAGCGACAUACAGGAUAUGUUGUAAAGGGCUUAUAAUAAAUUUUCAAGACGGCUCACAGAGCUUGAAGCGCGCUUCAUCUUUAAAUAUUGAUUUUUCUUUUUUUUUUUAAGGUGAGAAAAUAGGUCGAUGGAAUCAUACUUUAAAAGAAAAGACAGCAAAGAAGUCCUGCUCAAAUAACCACCGCGUUUGUAGUUUGGGAUAUCCAAAAAAACCCUCUCCGAAAUGCGCAAUGUCUCCGGAAAUUUGGCAAUCGCUUCUCUGUCUCCCCCAUUGUGUUUUGGAAUUUCGUUUACGUUCAAUUCACUGAUCUGUGAAUUCCGGAAGAAUGCAUUUUUUUUUCUUUUUUUGAUAAGUUUGAAAUGGAAAAAUUCAGAAAAAGAUGAAAACAAAUGGGUAAUUUUAAAGAAUUUUUCCUUUUUUUAAGAGUUGCACAAGAAAAAAACGGAUAAAUUCAGAAGAACCAAAAACAACGGGUUUAAUCAAAACCCGGUGUGUUUACAGGUAUGAAAAGAAUAUUGAACGAUGUUGGGUGGCUGAAACUAUUCUCUCUGUUGGCGACGUUGACAGCGGCGCAGGCGCUCGAGGUCUUCACCAACCAUUUCCACGUCCACCUCAAGGAGCCUGGACUCACCAACGCCCAUCGCAUCGCCAAACGCCACGGCUUCAUCAACCGCGGACCCGUCAGUGUUUUCCUUGUCUUUCAGUACUUCCUUUCGAAAACAAAUCAUCGUGGUUUUAGUUCAACCUGUAGUGUCUUCUGAUAGGAUGUGAACCUCGAUUACUCAGGUCCUCGGUUCCGAACAUGAGUUCCACUUUGUCCAGCCAGCUCUUUCCCACGCGAGAACCAAACGCUCCGUUGGCCACCACGCCAAACUCCACAAUGACGACGAGGUCAGUUGGAAUCCCUGGAGUGGGUAAUCCGAAAGAAAGUGGACAUUUGACAGAACAAAGAUCGAGUUCACGUUUAAAAUUAUUUCGAAAUUAAUCAUUCCGAGAUCGAAAAUCAAAAAAAAAAGGACUAUUGUGUAAGUACUAACAAUAAAGAAUUGCAUAUUUCAUUACAUUAGAGAAAAACAUGUAAAUGUUUAUGGUUAAUAGGCACAGAGCACGUGAUCAUGACUAUAGAAGUAUCAAAAGGUUUUUUUUUAAAAAAUUUUUUUAGAGGAAUUUUUUUCGAUCAAUUCUUCAAAGGUCUUAUUCAAGGUCAAAAUCGCAUGAAUUUCUCUAUCAGCUUUUUGGGGAAUAUUUUGAUCGACUCUGACUUUACAAGAAUUUAAUUUAAAGGGUAAAAGAAAAAAAUAUAUUCACUUGUUUUUUUGAAAGAAGAGAGGAGAUAGUUUUCAGACUAUAAAUUUGAACUUUUCCAUGAACUAUUUAAAAAGAUAAAACUGAAACAUAAACCUUCAAUUCAAUAAAUAGGAAUGGAAGUCGCAGAAUGUUUUUUUGAAAAAUUUCUUUAAGACCAAAUCUUGAAGAAAUUGAAAGUUUGCUUGCUAGGGUUCGGAAAUUUUGAAGCUUAAUUACACAAAAAGUGCGCCUGGACGUGAACUUUUUUUUUUCUCAAAAUAGUCGAAAGAAUCUUUUACACAAGGUUUAAAAUAUGUUCAGCAACUUUAGUUGCUACUUAUUUGUUAAUUAUUUUGAAAACCUGAAAAAAGUCAAACUGUGCAAAACGCGUGCUGCAGGUAAUGCACGUAGAGCAACUGACGGGCUACCGAAGGACCAAAAGAGGCUACCGUCCUUUGGAAGAACGCCUUCAGAGCCAACUCGACUUCUCUGCCGUCCAAUCUCCCACCGACCCUCUCUAUCAGUACCAGUGGUAUCUGGUUAGUCAAUUAGAACAAAAAAGAAAAAGCGAGUCGAGAAAAAUCGUCGUUUCGUUGCAGAAAAACACUGGCCAAGCCGGAGGAAAAGCCCGUCUCGAUCUGAAUGUUGAAAAGGUAAGUAUGAACAGCGCCUGGCUAAAUCCAUUUUUGGGACACGCUGAAAAAUCGUAUUGCUCAUUUGGAUAAUUGAAUCAAUAUGAAUAAAAAAUCUCAAAAAUUUAUGCAAAAAAAUAACAGAAAUGAUUGACAUAUAAAAAGUGUAUUUCAGAAAAUGCUUAAAUAUUAAUACGAAUUUUCAAUUAGACAUUUGUUUUCGAAUUCACGUGCAUUUCGUCUUAUCUCCAAUCUGAAAUCGGGGACGUUUGAAACUUUGAAACUUUAUUCAGUCUUCAGAGAAGGUACUCUGCUGAAUCAUGGAAUAUUUGAAGAGUUGUUUGUCGGUUUGCGAAACUGUCGUUGAUCAAACGUAGACGGCGCGUAGAGCAUCUCGUCUUUCUUGUGAUAGUAGUAGACGAUUUUCGAGCGUUUCCGACGAUCAACUGCUUCUCCAUGUAGGAACAGUACGGCGCCCAGCUUGUCCAGGGCUGACGGGCGUCGGAUUAAAUCUCAGACGAGAGCGGAAAUGAAGACCGACCACUCGGGUGGUAGAAAUGAGAAAAUAUACGUUUAGUGAAUCAACGUUUAGUGAAUCAAAAAAAAAAAAAUAAAGAGAUGGUUAUAAAUAGCUGUUGUUUUUUUAUUUAUUUAAUUAUUUAUUUUUUUCCUUAGUCGUAGAUGUAAUCGACAAGGCGAUGGAAAAAAAAAACUUCUUAAGUAAUAUCUGAAAAGCGCCUUUGGCAGACUACGAGUCCGAAAACGCGGCCUUGCGGUCCUUCUGCGCGUAGUCUGUUCAGUUACGCCUUGAGAUUAUAGCGGAUGUUUUAGAGACCGUGAUCUAGGUGGAAGUGAAAGCCUCGAAAUGAGAGCUAGCAUUUCAAGUGAAGACUGUAAACACAAAAGGAAACUCGAAAAAAAAAAGUUAUUAUAGGCUUGGGCAAUGGGUUUCACUGGAAAAAACAUCACGACGGCCAUCAUGGACGACGGCGUCGACUACAUGCAUCCAGACAUCAAGGACAACUUUGUUCGAAUUUUCAAAAGUCGACGCAAAGUUUUUUCCAACUUUCAGAACGCUGAAGCAUCUUAUGAUUUCUCUUCUAACGAUCCAUUCCCUUAUCCGCGGUACACCGAUGAUUGGUUCAACUCGCACGGAACUCGGUGAGUUUCCUUCGAUUUCUGACGACUUCUUCUUAAAGGUGCGCCGGAGAGAUCGUCGCCGCCCGCGACAACGGCGUCUGCGGCGUCGGCGUGGCCUACGACGGCAAAGUGGCCGGAAUACGGAUGCUCGACCAGCCAUACAUGACCGACUUGAUUGAAGCCAACUCGAUGGGACACGAGCCUAACAAGAUCCACAUCUACUCGGCCAGUUGGGGACCUACCGACGACGGCAAGACGGUCGACGGCCCGCGCAAUGCGACGAUGCGCGCCAUCGUCAAAGGCGUCAACGAGGUAGGGCUUGAGGGUUUGAGAAGCGGAAAGAGUCGACUGCAGGGAAGGAACGGUCUCGGCUCCAUCUUCGUCUGGGCUUCCGGCGACGGCGGCGAAGACGACGACUGCAACUGCGACGGCUACGCCGCUUCCAUGUGGACCAUCUCUAUCAACUCGGCUAUCAACAACGGAGAGAACGCCCACUACGACGAGUCCGUUCUUGUAUUUUGCAAGUCGAGAGAAGACUCGUGCUGUAGUUGUCCUACUAAUUUGGAUAAGGAAAAAAAAAACUUUUGAUUGGCGGUUUUUCAGCAGAAAAGUAUAUAUUUCGCAACAACAUUUAAAGGAUCCAUUUUCAAUGCUGCACAAUUUCCGGAAACUGUGACACAAUGCAAUUUUUGUGCUCCUACCUCAAUAUACCUCAACAAACAAAAUUUUUUCAGAUCGUGUUCCUCGACGCUCGCGUCGACUUUUUCAAACGGAGGAAGAAACCCAGAAACUGGAGUGGCCACCACCGACUUGUAUGGAAGGUACUGUUGCGAAGAAGCUGAGAAACUAGAGCGAGUAUUGGUAGAUGCACAAGAUCUCAUUCUGGAACUUCGGCCGCGGCUCCUGAGGCCGCAGGAGUCUACGCCCUCGCCCUCGAAGCCAAUCCCUUGCUCACUUGGUUUGAGACUUCAUUUUCCAGUCGGAAACUUCGAAAUAUCAGGCGCGAUCUCCAACAUUUGACCGUUCUGACGUCAACGAGGAACUCCUUGUUCGAUGGCAGAUGUCGCGAGCUUCCCGAGCUUGGAAUCAAGGUUUUUGCCACUUGAAUCCAGAUUUUCAAAAUUCCGAUCACGGAUUAAAAACAAAUCACAAAGCUUAUCGGAAAAUGAAGUUUGCUCAACAGCGUAGCGGAGACGUGUAAGUAAUAGUUUCGCUCUGAAAAAAAAGGGUUCAUUUGUGAAGCAAUUACUUCCAAAAUUGAGAUUUCGAAAAGGUAGAGGAAUUAAAGAAUCACUUUUGUCUUUUUUUUUUCCUCUCCUAGCUCGAUUUUGCUCCAAGUUUUGAAAGUGCGGUUUGAAAUGGGAGAAGAGGCGUGUGUUCUGGUGAAACUCCUCGAUUCAGGACAACCACAAAGAGUCGAAAGGCAACUGCACGCACUUCGAGUGGCAAAUGAACGGCGUCGGUCUCGAGUACAACCAUCUGUUCGGGUUCGGAGUCCUCGACGCCGCCGAGAUGGCAAGUCGAUGGCCGCCCGACUUGAGCCAAUCUUUCUUGUUGAGGUCAUGCUCGCGAUGGUCUGGAAGACUGCUCCGCCGCGAUACCACUGCACUGCCGGAACCAUCGACGUCCCUCAGUUCGUUUUAAUCUCCGUCUCCACAAUAGUUUGAUUUUCCACUGCUUUUGAGCGUGUGGUUCGAAGUCGAUUGAUACUCGUUUUGUUCUCUAAUAUGAUAAAAAUUAGAGUAUUACUGCUUCUCAUAGGUGGCUCGGUUUCAAACAUUUCAUAAUUUGAGCUUACAAAAGUUUACAAUAAGUCGAGAAAUUUUUCUAGAUUUUAUUUCAAAGAAUGAAUAAAGUAAAAAUGAAUCGAACGCAUUGCCAGACAGCAGGCUGAAUUCCUAGUAAAAUGAAAAGAAAGCAUCAAUUUUUUUCUCUUUCUUUCGACAGGAGAGAGAGUUUUUCAUGCGAAGCGAGCGAUUUCGUUUGAUUUUGGUCAAAACCUCUUAAAUGAAGAGUUUUUCCGAAAAGUUUUAAUUUGGUGCUAUAAUAAGCUCUUCAUUUGUCUCACGAUUAACAGCAGAUGAGAAGGAAUGUACAAAAUUGGAAAAUCCAAUCUUCAAAACGAAUAGUGUGAACAACAUUCAUCAUCACAUACAAAGCGUCCUCAUUAAUCUUCAAAGGCAUUCAAGAAAAUUAUGAAAUAUCAAAUUUUAAAAUUUUUCUUCAUAAACUUAAUUUUAGUAAAAUAGCUUUUGAAAAAGGACUUUCUCCAUUCGUUGCAUACAUAUUCUGGUAAAAAGGAGUUUUUCCAGUGAGAUCCCCGCUGACGGAAACCUGGUACUCGAGCUGGAAACUGACGGUUGCAUCGGAACCGCGACCGAAGUUCGCUACCUGGAACACGUUCAGGUGAUUCCGAAAUGUGGAAAACCUGUUGAUGAAAGUGGUUGAGGCGGUCGUCUCCUUCAACUCGACUCGUCGCGGCGACACCACGCUCUACCUCGUUUCGCCCAUGGGCACUAGGUACCGUACACCGCGUACUUUUGUCAUACUUUUCUUUGCAGGACCAUGAUCCUCUCCCGAAGACCUAAAGACGACGACUCGAAGGUAUUUGACCCCUCGGGAGCCUUCUCCAACUUUCUCUUCUUUUAGGACGGCUUCACAAACUGGCCAUUUAUGACGACUCACACGUGGGGCGAGAACCCCACCGGCAAAUGGCGGCUCAUCGCUCGAUUCCAGGUUUUUUACAACUGGAUUUUGUAAAAGAAAAACAGUUCGAUGCCUAUCGAUAAAACAACAACUGUCAAAUUUUUCUCUGGCUGAAGUAUGCCUUUAGAGAAAUAAGUGAAUUGCGCUGUUGCUUCAAAUUUUUAAUUUCUAAAAAAAGGAUAAUCGAAAAAAAAAACUGGAGAAAAAUAGGGCUAUUCAGUGACAAGAAAAAAAUUAUUUAAAUUUCCUUUGUUUAGUUCUCUCAAAUCUUUUUUUAUCUUUUUUUCAAGUCAAAAAAACGAGGAACUUCAUACUAAAGCCUUAACACCUUUUUAUGAAUAAAUCGAGUGGAAAGGAGACCUCACAAGAAGGAACAGGGAGUUUUUCGCUACACAAGUCAUACAAAAAAAAAAAUUCAGUUUUGGACCCCAUCAUUAUUUGUAAAGCUGUUCGGCCAAACUUUGACGCCUAUUAUUUUUUGAUAUAUUCUAGUAAAAAAUUAAGUAUUUGAUAACUUUUUUUUCUGGAAAUGCCUUUUGAAUAUCUUGAAAGUUUUGAAAGAAGCAUUGUAGGGACCUGGAGAACACCGCGGAACUCUGAAGAAGUUCUCACUAAUGCUGCACGGCACGAAGGAAGCUCCGUACGGCGGAAUCGAGCCGCUCGUCGGUCAGAUCAACUCCAAACUCAACGUCGUUCAGACCGCCCACAAACGCAUCGUCCACUGAUUCCAAUCCUCAAACCUAUUGUACAAAUAUCAAACCAAUCCGAGUGUAUAAGAGCUGUGCGUUGCCCCGAUCUCCACAGAUUUCUAUUGUCUCAGAAGUUAAGACGAGCAAACUUCAGGCGCAUAUUCGUGUAAAAACAAACAUCUUUCCUUUCCCGGUCUUGUUUCUGGUAUCUCUCUGUAGUUUCGUUGUUGAGCCUUCGCUGCGGUUGAAUAAAUGGCUGUAACCUGUUUACAAUCCUUUUUUUUUUGUCAAACGGCAACGCACGACCGAUAUCAAGUCAUUGCAAGAAAAAAAGAAGAGAAAAAUUUCGACAAUCCACUUCGUUUUGAUAUAUUCAUUUCAGAACUAAUGUUGUUUUUUGCUGUCUAUUGAUUGAGAAGUUACGGGGACGGACCUAAUCGGUCUGAUUCCAACGAUCUGCAGUAGUCAAAAGAUCUGACAUGAAAGCAAAGGACGUGAAAGGGAAGGGGUAAUGAUAGGCGAAGGCCCGAAGAUCGAUCCGAUCAUCAUCUGCUUCUCUGACGUCAUCAAUCUUCCUUACUCCAUCUUUUGACUUGGACCACGUGCUGCUUCCACGGCCAACGUCUUCUAUCGAUAAGCGAAUAGUUGGCAAAAAGUUCCGUCUCUUCAAACUGUUUGCGACGCCAUUCAAUACUUAAAAAAUGUUUUUGUCGAUUUUUGGUCCUCACACACGAAAGAAACUUUUUUUUCCGCAUAGCAGAUCAAACCAUCGAACAAUUUUUCCCAUUUUCUAUUUUUCAGCCUAAUCUUUGUUUCUCAGUUUUCUUUGAAAUACGAUCUUUUUGUUCCCAAAAAAAGAGAAGAAUAACAAAAACUCUUUGAAUUUUGUUUUGUUUUUUUCAGGACUGUAGAUGACAUCGAAACUCUCAGUUCUGUUUGA